AUGGCCACCGUGACUGCAACGCCAACAUCGGCAAUCUAUGCUCGACACAACUUGGGUCCUCUCACAGUACCAUUUGAAGCACCGGCCUCUUGUAUCUAUAAUAUCGCUGAAUGCGACACCUGCACAAGGGGCUGGCGCGCGCAGUCGUGCACAUUUGACGGUGCCUACCCGGUGGACGACUCGGCCUGCUGGCCGCCCAGGGCGACGUAUGCGCCAACAACGCAGCCCGGUUUCAAUGGUUGGGGGUUUUACUCUCCGGGCACUCUGUGCCCGAGUGGAUAUACACCGAGCUGUACAAAAACAAACGGUCUGGAUGGGGGGUUUCCCUUUCAGUACGACCUCGUGAGCUCAGAGACUGCCAUUGGAUGCUGUCCAACUGGUUUCAGUUGUACUCUGGACAAGAAUGAAAAGCAGACCUGCGUGACGAUAGCAAUGUCUACAUCAAUUACCACGGCGACAUGUCCUGGCCAAAACAGUGGACAGCCCUCGGUUUUCCACUACAAGACGCUGCCAUCAAGCGUACCGAGUAGUACCAUUUCGUCCGAGAAUGCUAUAGCCCCAGGCUCUGUCGUCAGCAACUUUACGUUAUUAGCCCCGUUAUUCCAGCUGGUAUUCCAACCGUCAGACUUGACCACGACUAUGGGUGGUCCAACGGCUACAUCUUCAAGUGACGUCUCGCGUUCAACGGCAGCGACCAGUGGCGCCUCGAAUCAGACGACCAGUGAUCAGGGCACCACUGGCGGUCUGUCCACCGGAGCAGCGGUGGGCAUCGGUAUAGGCGCAACUGCUGGCCUGGUUGGCCUGCUAGUCCUAGCAUACUUUGCAUGGCGCUCGAAGCGACGAAACAGGGGACCAGAAAUGGUAUCAAGUGCUGCGUCUUCAUCGUCUACAGGUAACCCGACCAUGUACUCGGAGCUGUCGUCCGCGGCCAUGCACCAAGCGCCCUCUAGCAGUAUUGCGCCGAGUGAGCUUGCAGCUUCGUCCGAGAUACACUCGCAGAAUAUUCGCCCAAACACGCAGGACUAUAAUCAAAAAUCAUUAAUGUCUGUCAAAAACAGUAUCUGA